AUGAGGUAUUUAGUCAUCAUGUUGGUGACAAAGUGCCCCUCUGUGGAACCACGGACCAUGAAGUGCCUCCCAGCAGCUCGAGAGCUCCGCUGCAGCCGGAGCGCUAACAGGAAGUGCAGCUCGUGCGCCUCUCCUCUGCUCGUCAAUGCUGCCUUCAUUCUCCCUCUGUGGGGCAAAAUGAAAGCUGUACAAAAGGGCUGCUGGUACUUCACGGCACUCGUCUUUCUCCCUUUUCUUAAAGGUUCUGUCCAGCAGAGGGAACCUGACGUGGUCCGGCUGGAGGAGGGGAUGGUGCUGGACUGUUCCUGUCCCUGGGACGGAAAGCUCACCAUGGUGUCCUGGACCAAAGCACCAGACAAAAACCCCAUGGCUGUGUUCCAUCCAGACCUUGGGGUGUCCCUGUCUCACCCGUACUCAGAGAGAAUAGAGUUCCUGAGGAACACACCCAUGGAUGGUAGCAUCUCCCUGAGGAACGUCACUCAUCAGGACAUCGGGCGGUACCACUGCUCCGUCCAGACCUUCCCUCAGGGACCGUGGACCAGGGACAUCCAGGUGGAAGAUUUAGAUGAGCCACCCGAAGACGAUAACAGCACCGAGCCCCCGCCCACAGAGGAGACGGUAGCAGACACACAGCUGGUGGCAGAGGAGAGCAACAACAUGACUGUUCGGUGUCACCACCGGCACAACACCACGGUCUACCAGGUCAUCUUUGAGAGGAGGCUGCUCGGCCAGCCCUGGGUCAUCAUCGGAGUUUGUAAGAAGGUGGAGGGGGGCCUGGUGGGCGAGGACUACAGCGACAGGGGCAGCGUGGACUGCACAGACAGCCUGGAUGUCAGUCUGCAUCUGGCUGACGUUGCACAGGAAGACAGCGGUUUCUAUCGCUGCACCUUUAACACCGAUGUGGGCGUACGGACCACCACCGUGCUGCUCACUGUUGCUGCUCCAGCAGGUGGAUUCAGCAUGACGUUAUACAUGAUGUACAUUUACAUCGGAGCUGGAGCUGCUGGACUCAUUCUGCUCACUGUCAUUCUCAUAUUGGCAAUGAGGCACAGAAAGAAAAGGAAGAGAACGGAGUACCGAGUCAAACUUCACCCGUCUAACAGACAGCCAAACCUCUAUGAGAACAUCCCUGUUCGUCCCCAGCCUGCACAGAAUCCCAGGAAGACUAAAAUCCACCCCAUCUAUGCCAACCUGCCCACACGGCGGCCCCGCGACAAAACAACAAGCGUGCUGUAAGCGCUCGAGGACAGACGUGAGAAUUUCACGUGUGUCAGCGUGCGAGGCAGCGAAGAACCAACAAAUGCUGUCAGACUCUAAUUAUCCGUGUGAGUUUUUGAAUCAGGGAUCACGCUGACACUGUUUAACAUUCACAAGGCGGCUUGAAAUGAGUUAACAAGCUCGUCUCGGAGUCAGAACGCUGACAGGGUUGUUUGGGACCAGCUUCCCCACCCACCCAUCUCUCCCUAAUUAAAUGUAGUGUGUAAUUAUUUGUUGGGG